UGCGUGUGCAGGGCCACUGCGCCGCUGUGACUUCCUGCAGGUCCGUCGUCGAGGCUACCUUCCUUCCCACAGCUUUUGCACCCGCUAAGCUGGAGUCGCCGAGCCUGCAGGAACGAGACUGGAGCUUUCGGGGCGGCAGCGAACAGACUCAGCUGUGCCGGCCUGGGAGGCCUAGAGGGAGCUCGGCGCGGAGGACGACAGUGGCGGCGGGGCUGUCUGCUGGCAGGUCAGUCGUCAGUGUUGUCUACGGUUUCCCAAGAGGAGCAAAAGAUGAGCAGAUCAAAGGGCCCACUGUCAUUCAAGGAUGUGGCUGUGGCCUUCUCCCAGGAGGAGUGGCAGCAACUGGACUCUGAGGAGAGGACGACCUACCGGGAUGUGAUGCUGGAGACCUACAGCAACCUCGUCUCUGUGGGGUAUGAUGUCACCAAGCCAAACGUGAUUAUUAAGUUGGAACAGGGAGAAGAACCCUGGACAGUGGAAGGUGACCGCCAUGCUAAGAGGCAUUUGGAAAUCAAAAAAGUUGACGACCCCAGAGAAGGAAUCCAGGAAAACGGCGAGAAACACCUGCAGUGCGGUGAUGGUCUCCACAGCUGGAGAGCGGAGAAGGGGGACGCGUUUGAUGAAGCCUGCACCCUAGAACCACCUCUCAUUUCCCCCAGCUCCGGCGCUCACAGCUGUGUCUCCUGUGGGAAGACUUUGGAAUCUGUUACAGAACUGAUUUGCAGUGAUGGAAGCUAUGCAGUAGAGAAGCCCGACAAGUGUUUUGAGUGUGGGAAAGGGUACAGAGAAAACCCUGAGGACCUUAACCAAAGUGAGGGUAACUCUUCUGAACGUGACGAAAGUAUUCUGCAGAAAAUCACCAUUUUGGAGAAACCCUUUGACUAUGAGUGCUUGGAAGCCUUAGACGGUGAAAGUGUUUUCAUGGCUCAUGAGAGAGCUUACAUGGGGGAGAAGCCCUAUGAAUGGAACGGUUCUGGACCAGACUUCAUCCAGAUAUCAGACUUCAGUACGUAUCACAGAUCACAAGUGGAAAUGAAGCCCUUCGAAUGUACGCAGUGUGGGAAGUCCUUCUGUAAGAAGUCCAAAUUCAUCAUCCAUCAGAGGGCGCACACAGGAGAGAAACCGUAUGCUUGCGGUGUGUGUGGCAAGUCCUUUAGUCAAAAGGGGACCCUCACUGUACAUCGGAGGUCACACUUAGAGGAGAAGCCCUAUAAGUGCGAUGAGUGUGGGAAGACCUUCUGUCAGAAGUUACACCUCACACAGCACCAGAGAACUCACUCAGGAGAGAAGCCGUACGAAUGUAGCGAGUGCGGGAAGACCUUCUGCCAGAAGACGCACCUUACUCUACACCAGAGGAAUCAUUCAGGGGAGAGGCCAUAUCCGUGUAGUGAAUGCGGGAAAUCCUUCUCCCGGAAGUCUGCCCUCAAUGACCAUCAGAGAACACACACAGGAGAGAAGCUCUAUAAGUGUAACGAGUGUGGUAAGUCCUACUACCGGAAGUCCACGCUCAUCACACACCAGAGAACACACACGGGGGAGAAGCCCUAUCAGUGUAGUGAGUGUGGGAAGUUCUUCUCUCGCGUGUCGUACCUCACCAUACACUAUAGGAGCCAUUUAGAAGAGAAACCUUAUGAGUGUACAGAAUGUGGGAAAACCUUCAAUCUAAACUCCGCCUUCGUCAGGCACCGGAAGGCCCAUGCGGAAGAGAGAGUGCAGGAGUGCGGUGAGUGUGGGAAGCCGUCCCGGCUGCAGUAUCUCCCUGAUCACACAGAUGACCUAGGAGAGAAGCACCACGGGUGUAAUGAGUGUGGGAAGACCUCCCUUGAAAACUCAGCCUUCAGCAGGCACCAGCCCGUUCCCGAAGGGGAGAAAACUUACGAGUGUAAUAUAUGCGGGAAGGCGUUCUCUGACCUGUCGUGCUACACUGUGCAUUACAGAGGUCAUUCAGAAGAGAAACCCUUUGGCUGCAACGAGUGUGGGAAGACCUUCUCUCAUAAUUCAUCCCUCUUCAGACAUCAGAGAGUACACACAGGCGAGAAGCCGUACGAGUGUUACGAGUGUGGCAAGUUCUUCUCGCAGAAGUCCUACCUCACUAUCCAUCACAGGAUCCAUUCAGGAGAGAAGCCCUACGAGUGUAGCAAGUGUGGCAAAGUGUUCUCUCGGAUGUCAAACCUCACCGUCCACUACCGAAGCCAUUCAGGAGAGAAGCCGUAUGAAUGUAAUGAGUGUGGAAAAGUCUUCUCCCAGAAGUCGUACCUCACUGUUCAUUACCGGACUCAUUCAGGAGAGAAGCCUUAUGAAUGUAACGAAUGUGGGAAAAAAUUCCACCACAGAUCAGCCUUCAAUAGCCAUCAGAGAAUUCAUAAAAGAGGGACUAUAAAUGUACUUAAUGUAGAAAAUCUCUGACAUCUCAAUUUUUAAAAAGACAUUUGGUUAUAGUGAACAUUGGGAGUCCAAUAGGUAGUCAAGGGUGCCCUGCCCCCCCAACUUUUAAUAUAUGUGGUGCUGGGAACUGAAUAUGGGCCUUUUGCAUGCUAUAGAAAUUCUGCACUGAGCUGGACUGCAGUGACUCACGAGUUGAGCACCCCUGCUCUUAAAGAGUGUGAAGUCCUAAAACAAAAUCCAUUUUAACCUGAAUUUUCAGAGCAGAAUCUGUAAAGAUUGGGCAAGAAGCAAACCGUUUAUAGGACACUAGAUAAUUUUUACAGGAGUGAAACUUCGAAAGUAUUUAAUAUUUAUUUUUUAUUUAAAUUGUAUUUACAUAUCAGGGAGCGUUGCCGAGAACUGUCAGCCGAUGAGUAUAACUCACCCUGGACACAUACGCUAAAAGCCAUAUUUCUGAUGUCAGACCAGGUGUCUAUAGACAGGAUGCAAGAAGCCGUUGGCUCUGAGCAAACUUAUGAAAUGAAAUUAUAAAGCUAGCACUUGGCCAUGAGGAAGACUAAACCACGGCACCUCUGCUGUUCUAGAAGUCGAGCAGCCACUCUAUGCAAUGUUUGCCAUCUCCACCUCGAAUGAUUGGUGGAAACCUGGUAUCCAGGAUUAGCAGCGCCUGUUACAGUGGGGUCCAUUGGUGGGAUAUGCUAUGUGAUCAGGAAGUACAUAGUUUCCUAGGUCACUGCUUGCCAGGAGAGCGGUUUUUGUAAAAAAAAAAUUUCAACUGGAAUUGAGCAAAAAAUUUUUUAAA